AUGAUUACAUGGAAGAUCAGAGAAUACGAAACGGUGUACAAAGGCAGACACUGGGAAACAAUUAUCCAAAAAAGUCCACCACUGAACAGUUUUGUUCUGAAUAAACUCUCUUGGAGUACUGCUGUAACGUACGCAAGGGAUAUUUCGUUCAAAGUUAAAGCCACGAUUAAAAUCAAAGAACGAUAUGGAAUCAUUGACGAAGACCAUACUGAGGCAUUUCAUAUGAAUUCUCCGCCAAUUCAGCUAGAAAACGCCAAUGGUGGUUGUUUUGUUGAACCGGAAGAAGGGUUUGCCGUGGAAACCACUUUUAAUAUCACUUGCCUGGGAUGGCAAGACGAAGACAUACCACUAACAUAUGAGUUCGUUUAUAACACUAGCGUAGGCGUAGUUAUAAAUGCUCCAAUUACGGGCAUUGGAGUGAACAGGCUAUCAACAACACUUCCAGUUGGUGACAGGCUUCAGGAUUUCGAGUUCCCAGUAGAUGUACAUGUCAAGGAUUCAUAUGGAGAUAUUACUGUCAAAAGAGUAACAGUCAAGGUAUAAUUGUCAGAAUUGGUCCCAACGAGUUGUAAAAUGCUGAGAGUUUCCGUGAACUAGUAUCCAAACCAAAUAGAAGUCUUCAGCACUUCUGUUUCCUCCUAUGGCGUUCCUAGAUGCUAGAUGCACCGUUUAAUACAAGGUCUGAUAUUGCUUUGCGAGGAAAUGCCCCUAAACCGCCACCUGGUCAGCUCAUUUGGGAGAGCACUAGUCUGCUGAGCGGUAGGCCAAGGGUUCAAAACCUGGCCGGACCAACACUCAGGGUCUUUAAAUAUCUGUGAAGAAUUUGACAAUGCUGCUUUUGUAAUGACAUCUGCAAACGGUUAGACUAAUCUUCUAGGAUAAGGACGAAAAAGGUCCCGUCUCACAACAUGUUCAGUUAUUUGUUUCUUGAAGGACGAAAAAGAACCCACACCACUGUUUGAAAAGAGUAGGGGACGAAGAAUGCGGUGGUGUUCAGCCUUUCCUGGGCUGGUUGGUUCUGUUUGGCGUUUUUACGUAUUUUUUUUUCUGUUUUUAAAUUAGGUUCAACCCAAGAAUUCUGAAGAUGUCAACAAAACUUUGUACAGGAUUGCUUACAAAAAACCCAACAGACUCAACUAUUUAAUCACAAUUAGGAAAUAUACCAAGGCGUGUGAUUUAGCCAUUUCCGUCCUUUCAGUUCUGGAGGCUCUAGAGGUAAACAAAACAAUCAAGUCACACUUGAAUCCGUGUCAGAAGCAUUAAAAACAAGUCAAUGUUAGGGACCGUUUUUUCUUUCUUUUUUUUUUCUUUACCGAUCCAGCCAUCCUUAUGAACACUGCAAUCAACUAACGUUAAAUAAACUCAAGUAUCUGGAGCUGGAGAAAAUCAAGGCUCUACAUCUAUACUUUUAUGUAUAAGGAGGAUCUUUAGUAGGGACCGACUUAUUUCUGGAAUAUAUGUAAACGUACUUUUUGUCCUAGUAGAACAUCCGUCCACUAUUUGUGGUGAAGUUACAUUUGAUAGCUGUCAAAUACAUUUUGCUAACUCCUCCUUUGGUUUUCUUUCAGAGGUACUAUGAAAAGAACCAUGUUGGCCAAAUGGUAAGCUAUUCAUUUUGUCCAAAAAACAAAUAGUUCAAUAUGCGUUUUAACAUAUGUUUAACUUAUCAAUCAAUGAAGGCUUUUAUUACCCUUUAAAAUCGUUUUUUAGGCAAAAAGCAACAUCCUCGAAGAAACAAGGCGCGUGGAAAUAAGUAGCAAUGAACUUUUGUCGAAAGUAAGCAUUAUCUUAGCCAUGGCUACC